GCCGGUCUCGGGGCUGCCAUUAAAAGCGCCUUCUGGGGCUCGGCUCUCUUCAUCGACUUCUCCAAACCUGGAGCAGCUACCAGCCUUGCAAGGGGAACGUCGCUAAAGGUGGGGACCAUGGAGAGAAGGAGGCACCCUCUGCUUCUCCAGACGCAGGCACGUUCCAAAACAAACAAAUAGCGUCAUAAAGCGGGCGCCUAUUUUCGUGCUUGUGUCCCUUGCCCUUGGGGAACGUCCAGGAAGACGGCGGGGGCGCGCCUUUUACCUAUGUGUGAACGGUGGCCUUCGCGUCCCAGGGGAGAGCGCGCGGAUCGUGCUAACGCGUACAGGGAUGGAGGGAGAGAGGGAUGGUGUGUGUGUUGUGUGUCCCCGCGCGCUCCAUGCUGCGAGGAAACGGCUGCCUUUCGGUUUCCCCAACGCAUCCACCCGCAGAUACACGGAGAGAGAGACACACGCCCCAACGCUCAGUAGCAGCAGCAGCGGCCGCCACCAGCAGCCACAUCACAUGCAAGCGAAGGGAGAUCACGGCUGGGCUGGAGGGGCGAUUCCUCGGCUUCCUCAUUCUGUAAUCCUCAAGCGCGCCCAGCGCUGACUGAGAAAGGAUGGCUUCCCCCUCGCCUUGCCGCCUCCAACCGCUGCCGCCUCCUCCUCCAUCCCAGAGGAGAUGGUGAUUCGGAGUCAGGAAUCCAGAGCGGGGGGGGGGGUCGUCGGCAAGGAGAGAGAGAGAGAGAGGCGGGGGAAACGCACACAAAACCAAAACAAACCUCUCUCUCGCCUCUCCCUCCGCGGAUUGUCAAUAGAUCAUUUGCAAAGGAAACCUGAGCGCAACCCCCUGAAAAGACACCCGGGGAUCCCGGAGCCUUUGUGCUUUCCCUAGCCUGUGUUUAUGCUGAACGUGGUCUGUCCCCGGAAGUUUCAGAAAUGGAGGAGCCAGUCUAAAGAGGACCCAACCUGACCUAACCUCAUUCUUCUCCAAAGACUCUGGCUUUGCUGCUGCAUCCUUGUCAGGAUGGCCGAAAAGGCUCCUCUAGGGAUAAACAAAAAGUCUUCAAGGUCUACCCAGUCCCUUCCACCGGAACCAGUGGAAAUAAUCAGGAGCAAAUCAUGUUCGAGGAGAGUCAAAAUAAAUGUAGGGGGGCUCAACCAUGAAGUUCUAUGGAGGACUUUAGACAGACUUCCACGGACACGCUUAGGGAAGCUCAGAGACUGCAUUACAAAUGAAUCUUUACUAGAAGUAUGUGAUGACUAUAAUCUCAAUGAGAAUGAAUACUUCUUUGAUAGACACCCGGGUGCUUUUACCUCCAUUUUGAAUUUCUACAGGACGGGAAAGCUCCACAUGAUGGAGGAGAUGUGUGCCCUCUCUUUUGGCCAAGAGCUAGACUACUGGGGGAUUGAUGAGAUAUACUUAGAGUCUUGUUGCCAGGCAAGAUAUCAUCAGAAGAAAGAGCAAAUGAAUGAAGAACUAAGGAGAGAGGCAGAGUCGCUGAGAGAAAGGGAAGGGGAAGAAUUUGACAAUGCCUGUUGCCCAGAGAAAAGGAAAAAACUCUGGGACUUGCUGGAGAAACCCAACUCGUCAGUGGCUGCAAAGAUUUUGGCCAUUGUAUCCAUUUUGUUCAUUGUACUGUCCACCAUUGCUUUGUCACUCAACACUCUGCCUGAGCUUCAAGUAAUUGAUGAAUUUGGACAGCUAAAUGACAACCCGCAACUAGCACAUGUAGAGGCUGUGUGUAUAGCUUGGUUCACUAUGGAGUACCUUUUGCGUUUCCUGUCAUCUCCGAACAAGUGGAAGUUCUUCAAAGGUCCAUUAAAUGUUAUUGACUUGCUAGCCAUUUUACCCUAUUAUGUCACCAUUUUUCUCACCGAGUCCAACAAAAGUGUCCUGCAGUUCCAAAAUGUCCGCCGUGUCGUUCAGAUAUUCCGUAUCAUGAGGAUACUAAGGAUUCUUAAACUUGCCAGACAUUCAACAGGUCUUCAGUCUUUAGGAUUCACCCUCAGGAGGAGUUACAAUGAAUUGGGUUUAUUGAUAUUAUUUUUAGCAAUGGGUAUCAUGAUAUUCUCCAGUCUCGUAUUUUUUGCUGAGAAAGAUGAAGAUGCUACAAAGUUUACUAGUAUUCCUGCCUCAUUCUGGUGGGCCACCAUCACUAUGACUACAGUAGGUUAUGGUGACAUAUAUCCCAAGACUUUACUAGGUAAAAUUGUUGGAGGAUUGUGUUGCAUUGCUGGGGUGCUAGUAAUAGCCCUACCCAUUCCCAUCAUAGUAAACAAUUUUUCAGAGUUUUAUAAGGAACAAAAACGGCAGGAGAAAGCCAUUAAAAGAAGGGAGGCACUUGAGCGAGCAAAAAGAAAUGGAAGCAUUGUCUCAAUGAAUCUAAAAGACGCCUUUGCCCGCAGCAUGGAACUGAUUGAUGUAGCUGUGGAUUCCGAUAAGACUGAGGAAGCAGCCAAUUCAAAGAAAACCUCUGAUGAUAACCACUUAUCUCCAAGCCGGUGGAAAUGGGCCAGAAGGACAAUGUCUGAAACAAGUUCUAAUAAGUCCCUGGAGAACAAAUACCAGGAAGUGAGCCAGCAAGAUUCCCAUGAACAGCUCAACAAUGCCGCAGCAACCUCCAGCCCCCAACACUUGAGUGCUCAGAAACUCGAAAUGUUAUAUAAUGAAAUUACUAAAACUCAGUCUCAGCCUAACCUUAAUGCCACCUACCAAGACCCAGCAGUAAAACCUCCCCUCUAUGAGGAGGAAAUAGAAAUGGAAGAGGUUGUUGGACAGGGAGAGCCAUCGAUGUCAGGGCCCAAAGAUGUGGUGACUGACAUGAGAAGCACUUCCAGCAUUGACAGCUUUGCCAGCUGUGCAACCGAUUUAACUGAGACAGACCGAUCCCCCCUGCCUCUGUUCUCCAGUUCUCACCUGCAGCUAAGGUUCCCAACUGACUCCGUCCAUUUAGAAGACCAAAGAGAAAAGAGUUCUCAGUUUUUAUCACGCGCAAAGGAUAAAAUGUUUGCCCCCAGAGACACCACCUUUGAGUAUUCCCCAGUCAAUACAGCCUUGAGCACGGAUACCUCUGGUUCCCAGUCUGUACUUCAUGGUCAUCUGCACUUUGACAGCGCUAUGGAGAGUCCCAAAAGUUCUCUAAAAGGAAGCAAUCCAUUAAAAGCAAGGUCCCUUAAGGUUAAUUUCAAGGAAAACAAAGGCGGUGGUCCACAAACACCACCGAGCACUGCAAGGCCAUUGCCAGUGACAGCAGCUGCAGAUUUCAUGCAAUCUACCCCUCCUCAGCAUAUCAGCACCAUUCUCUUAGAAGAGAAUUCACUACAUGGGGACAGACCCUUGUUGGCUGCUGAUGCCCCAGUGGUUUCCCAGGGAACUUCUAAGAAAUCGUCCCCUCUUCUGUUUCCAAAACAAAAGCUUUUUACUUUUGCUUCAAAAGAGAGGAGAAGCUUCACUGAAAUGGACACUGGAGAAGAAGAUGACUUCAUGGAGAUUCCUGGCAUAAGACAUGACAAGAAGCAGGAUAUCAAGACAAACUGCUUUGGGAAUAAACACAACGAUGGGAACCAUUUAAUGGAAGAGCCUCGAGUCAGCUCUUCUUCGCCCAAAAGCUUGGGGCACAACUGUACUCAAGACAUUUACCAUGUUGGGGGGGAAAUAAAAGGAGACAAUAGCCAAGAAGAUCACAAAAUGGAAAACCAUUUGUUUUCCCCAGAAAUUCACACAAAUCCUGGAGAAACUGGUUACUGUCCCACAAGGGAAACUAGCAUGUGACUAGUUAAGAGAGCAAUAAUGACAAAAAUUCAUAUCUUUAUACCACUAUUAGUAAUGCCUAUGAACUAAAACAUGGGAAGCCUCAGAAGUACAUAAAAUGUUAUUUUUGCAUGGCAUGAAGAGUUGAUUAGUUUAAGUACUGUUAAAUUUAAAAGUGGAGAUCUGCUUUUUUGUAACAAAAAGGGGGGAAAUCAGGAAAAAAUGAUGCAAGAACAGUGAGUAAAUAAACAGCUCUUUUCAGAGCCCAUCUUCUGCAAUGUCUGAUAUUUUUGAUCCUUUCACUUAUGGUUGUAGAUACGUCUUUUUAAAAAAAAAACUUUUGCUCUUGGUUAUAAUGAAUUUUUGGAAUUUGCACAUGAAAGGAUGAAAUAUUGAUGCAUGUGCUCAUAAUGGUGUGAAACAAGGUGCUUUGAGCUUGCAAAAUGCAUACAUUUGUAAAUAGUUUGGGUUUGUGGGGAGAUCUACCAAGGAUCUAUGGAAAACCCAUUUCCUGGGACACAGGUACUUCCUUCACAAUUUGAUACCUGGAGGAUUUGUAUAGACUUAUGUUGCAAAAUUGCAACUUCUUCUUAAAGCAACUUACUUAUCUUGCUUUCUGUUUAAAAGCUCAUAAAGUAUAAGCUGCUUGUUUGAGUAAAUGAUAGUAUUUCUCAUUUAUUUGUGAAGUAAAUCAUAUCUUAAAUUAUUUUUAUUUGCAUAGAUUUCACCGAUAAACUUGCAAGUUUUGAAUAAAAUUCAUUUAAGAUUGUAAGAUUUAAUGACCAGAAAUUGGAAGUUUGAUAUAAGAACUGCCAAAAUCAAAACAAAGACAGGAACACCAUUAUCCUAUACAUAUGGCAAUAAAAUGUGCCAAAUGGCCAUGAAAAGUGAUUAUUUUAUAUUAAAAAGUUAACAUUUUAUAUUGCAGUUAUAAUCACUAUACGCGCUAGUGUUAAAAAAUCUUAUUUUUAGAAGGCAGUUUUUUAUUGUUAUCCUUGCUGCUAAUACCUCUUUGGGACACUGGGGCAGUUGCCUACCACUUUUUCGCCACUAAGCACAGCAGUUUUAGAUCAUUUCUUAAUUUCGGAAUACUGACAUAACUGCCCUUCCUUGAAUCAACAGACAAGAACAGCUGCUUUAUAAACACAGUUGGAAAACCCAAAUCUCAAAGUAGAUGAUAUUUUCAAUGUGCCCAAGCUCUGCCUCAAAUUUGCAAGCAUGAUGUUUUAUACAGACUUUGCUUUGAGCAGGUUCACUCUAUCAGGUUUUUCAUGUGUAUUUGUUGCAAUUAACACAUGGGAAACUAAACCAUUUGAUACUUCUGUGUUUUUCUUCUUCAUUACAUCUCUUCCAUCACGUGCAUUCUUAUUGAUCAAUAGGAGGCAAGUUCUCCUGUGAUAAGAUUAACCAGCAUGUGAAUUAAACUUUCUAAAACAUGUACCUUUUUGCCAAAUUCCAGUAAUUUCAGCAGAAUAAUUAUUUCUGCAAAUUUAAAGAAGCUGUACAUAAAAAUAUUUUCAAAUCACAAAACUCAACACUGGACUCUAAUAAGGUUAACAAUUUUCAUUUUCUGGUAAAAAUUAUAUUUUAAUUUGUGUGUUGUUAUUUCUUCAUUAACCCAAUUACACUGAUUUUACCCAUGGUAGACUAUUUAAAACUCUGUUUGCUGCAACAGAAUGGUUUAUAAUGUACUCGGCAGAAUUCAAAGAUUCUUAUAAGCUUAUUUUUCUUUGAAGGCUAUUUUAAUUUUGUAUUUUAUUUUUUAAAAAAAAUUGGCUACAAACAGCUUUCAUAGAGAAAACUAUGGUCCAAGUCCAGUAGCCCUUAGAUUGCAGUUUGGUAAGGAUCACAUGCAAUAAUAUCAUCAACAGGUAUUACCUUUUUACAAGGUAAUUACAAGCACAGAAAAAGUCAUUUAAUUUGUUUCUUAGAUUCCUUUUAAUACUGGCUUUUAAUUUUAAAUAAGGUAUCUCCAGGUUUUUCUCUUAAGAAUUUCAAUCCUGGACUUAAACAUUGUUUCUAAAACACACACACACACACAAAACAAUGUCUGGUCAUUAAGUCUCAAAGUACACAUCUGUUCUUCAUGGCUGUCCAAGUAAUUCUAGUGACCUCCAUUCUAUUUCAUGAACCUCCUUUAUUUAUUUAUUUAUUUAUUUGUCUUGUUUUAAUUGUAGAUAUUCUCAUUGACUGAGACUAACUAGCUUUUAGAAGACAUUGCUCUGUAAUUUCCGUACUUUUUGGACAUCAUGAAGUCCUGCUUGAUCUGCCUUUAUCCUUACAACCAUAUACAGGCCCAAACCAAAGGCUAAGUGAAACCUUGGGCUUAGGUUGAAAAUAGGAGGUUGGUCACUGAUUUCAAUGAAGUCAUAGUUUUGUUCAUAAUCCUUACCCAGGGAAAACUCUCAUUGGCUACCACGACUGUUCCAACUUGAGCUAUAGGUCUAAGGUUCCAAAGCUAAAAUAUUUUCUUAUUAAAUAAAUCUUUUUCACCUUCAGAACCCUGCUGGUAUACCAUGUGAGAUACAUUGCUAAUGUUCUCAUUAGGCUAGUUACUUGCUUCAGUCUAUAGAAAUGUUAAGAUUUUGGAUUGUAUCCAAUGUUAGUCCUAAUCAGAAUAGACCCCUUGAAAUUAAUGGGCAUGAUUAAUUUAGGUCCAUUCAUUUCAGUGGGUGUACCCUGAAUACUAUUUAGUUGGAGACAAUCCUUUGUCUCCCCAAGCCAAGUCCAUUAUGCUAUAAUCUAGAAGCCCUUUGCUACUGAAUACCUAAAGGGCAGUAUUCUAAGUCUACCUCAGUUUGACUUCAUAUAUGCUGUUAGCAAUUCAGCUGAUGCCACUAAAGAUUGAUCAUUAGCACAAGAAGAUGAAUUCUAGGCAAAUAUAAGGACAGUAAGGGCAGUUCGGCAAUGGAACCAACUGCCUAGGGAGGUGGUGGGAUCCGCUUCGCUGGAUUUCUUCAAGCAGAGGCUGGACAGCUAUCUGCGGGAGAUGCUCUAGCUGUGGAUUUCCUGCUGUGAGCAGGGGGUUGGACUCGAUGGCCUACAAGGCCCCUUCCAACUCUAUGAUUCUAUGAUUCUAUGAAUCUCUUUCUGAUAGAAAAUGAAGAUGUUUCAUUUAUUUUCAUACAUAUUUCAUACAAGAUAUUGCCACUGAAUGCAAUGUGCCCUCUUCCUAAAAUUGAUUUAAGAACUAAAGUUUUAUUAAAGAGGCAUGUUGUUCUAUGGUAUACUAACUGAACUGACUGCAUUGCUCGCAACCAACUGUAUGCUAGAGAGAGAGAGACAAGGGGUAGCCAAAGUGAUGCCCUCAAGAUGAUGUCAGACUCCAACUCCCAUCCACCCCAGUUAGUAUUGCUAGUGGUCAAGGACAAUGGGAACUGUAGUCUAGCUAUAUCUAAAGGGCACCAUAUUGGCUACCCAAAUAUGCACUGUUCCUUUCUAUCAGCUUGCUUCUUAUGGAACAAUAAUAUCUGGCAUCAUAUUACCACUCCAUAUUCAUUAAGAUGGAGAACUGUCAAUACAGUUUCAUAGCAGGUGUAUGUGUGUUGAUCAGAUGCUUCAACUGCAUCACAAUUAUUGUAACUUACUUCUUUUACAUCAAAACAAACCCAAAUUAAAGGUAAAAAACUAUGACAAAUCUUGUUGUACCAACAGAUAUAUUGUGGCAUAAACUUUCAUGAAUCAGAGACCUUAGCCACUCCCCCACACAAAAAAAUUGUUAGUCAUUAAGAUGUCAUAAGACUAUUGUUUUUGCUGCAAACAUGGCUACCCCUCUGGAAAUUUGUCAAAUUAAGGGUGUAUUUUUAAUUAUAUGGAAUAAUGUAAUAGAUUUUUUUUAAGCACUGAGAGUUUUUCUUCCAGGUAACGCUUAUAAUAGUACUGACCCUAAUGGAUGGUCUUUGUUCUCCUUAAUGCACAAUUAUGGGAAAUAUUUGGUCACAAUAAACAUUACAAAGAAAAAAACGGAGAACCACUUUUACAGUACAGAAGAAAUGCAGCUACAAAAGGGAGAAUGGAAGGCAGAGCAUCUGUGAGUACAUAAGGCAUGUUUAAAAACAAAAUACACUUAUGCUUUAUCACAUGUUGCUUGUAUAAUAUGGUAGCUAUUGUCACAAAAGUCAAUGUUAAGACUUCUGUUCCAACCCUAUAUUGCUUGCACAUCAACCACUGUGGUUCUCAAUUCUUGUAACUGAAACUAUAAUGAAUCCAACAUUGUAAAAAAAAACACCUUGCAUUCUUUGCAGCAUAUGGGGAUUUCCUGCUAAGGCUGCAAUCCUCCAGCUAGCUUCACCUACUGAAGGCAAGUGACAUGUAACCAAGAAUGGUUGAGUGCAGAAUGGCAGCCUGUUGUGUCACAGCAGCAGUAAAGCAGAAGUUCCUCCAGAUAAACAAAUGUGUGAAUACAGCUUGGAUGGCAUUCUUACAAUGAGAACUAUCAAAAGAGCUGCAUACUCCCUUUUCCCACCCUUAAUGUAGCUCCACACAAACAAACACACAGAGAGAAGGAUGCAAAACAGGCCAAUCACCCACACAUGCAGUACUUUCUGCUCAUGCAUCAGGCUGUUUGGAUCCUGGCCGGUAUAGCCUGUCAGCAUUCUGAUGAGGAAUGAGGAAUCUACAAAGAGGACACAGUGGUCUCAGUGCUUGUUCUCAAAAGCACAGUGGCAUUCAAAAUAUUAUUCAUUAACUGUCAGAAUCUGUUGAGCGGGCAAGUAAUAUUAGUUUGGAAGUGGCAAUUCUGCAUACCCACAUUAUAUCAUCAAGAUAAGCCUUUUCCAAUCUGGUGUACUUCAGAUGCUAUUGGACGCCAGUUCCCAUCAGCCUCAGCCAGAAUGGCCAAUGGUUAGGAAUGAUGAGACUUGUUGUCCAAACCACCUCGCAGGCACAAAGUUGGGGGAGGCUGAUCAAGAUCAAUACCAUUGAAAUGAAUGCUAGACAUAAAAGAAAAUGGGCUGCUGCUCUCUUUAAAUGGAGCUAUUUCUGAUUUACAAUAAAUGAGACCACAUCCAGGCCUGCAGGAUGUUACCUGCCCAUAUGUUGAAUGUAAGCAACUACCACUGAAGUGCACAAUGAUGGAGGAUCAGCUUCUCAGCAGUGUGUAUUCAUGUCUUUCUGAAAAGAGCGUGGAUGGGCUUUUCUCCAUAUUGGUUGUUACAUGAAAUUACUAUCUAUUUAUUUAUUCAAUGCAUUUCUGUUGUUUUCCUGUAUGUUCACAUCAUCAUACUGCUUAUCCAAGAAGGUUUGGGAUUCACUUUCAUGACAGAGAUUGAGGUGUUGGUCAAAAGAUCAAAGAGGGCAAAGUUUUAGAUUUAUAUCUCUAUAUAUCCUUGCCAAGUUAUGCAGAGCUUUAGACAUGUACUGUACGUCAUAUGCAAGUCAGUGCCAGCCAUGCAGACAAAAUGAAACAUUUAGGGAUCAGUUUUCAGUAACAAACAGAGCUCAGCACUUCGCCUGUUGCAUUGAGAUAACUGUAAAUAACCACUAAAUAUGUACUGUUUCAUGAUUAUAAAUGUUAUCUCCCAUAUUUUUUCCUACCUACAAUAGCAUGAACUCUAUUUACUUAAUAUUGUGUUCUUCUAUGGAUGCUAUGAAUGCUGCAGGGGUGGGAGAAAGCACAACAGUAUUUUUUUUAAAAAAAUCAUGGCACAAUAGUUGUGUCUUUUCUAUUGCUCAGUUUUAAAGGAAUGGCAGCAUUUCACUUUUAACUGCUAUAUUAACAACAUAUCCUCAUUUGUUUUUUUUUAAAAAGUAUAUAAAAUGUCCUUUUGGGAUAGGAGCUACAUGCAUAUAUGAUAAGUCUCAUCUAAUCUCAUUCAUCUGCCUUUACAAAAUGCCCCAUCCAAAAUGGGAGAAUAUGCUGCUUAUAUAUAUAUUAUUUGUCUUUUAGGGGUGGAGCAGGACUGAAAAAAUUACAGUGUUCUUGUAGGGCAUUUUGCAAUGGUAUCAACAUCAGACAUGCUUUGUUGCAUUAUUGUAUUUACUCGAAAUGUUUUGGUUUCACCUUUUGUUUUUCCAUAGAGCAUACCAUGCUAACUUCCCCCCACCCUUCCGCUGUCCAUAUUACACCAUUAAUAGAAUUUUACAUAUAAUGGUAUUUGUAUCAAUGUUUCCAUAUCAGCUGCAUUUUAACAUCAUGAAAAGGAAAUGUGAUUUUUUGGUUAUUAUGCUAGUUUUUUGCUAAUCAGCUAAAUAUUUCU